CUGUGCUACUCUUCACGUGUGUGUCUGUGUGUGUGCAUGUGUGUGUCCCGCAGUGCUGGUGGAUGUAGGCAUGCAGACAGCAGUCAUGGGGGAGAUGAAGAUGGAGACAGAGACGGAACCGGUUCGGCCCAGAGUGACGGUGACGGACAGUAGAGGCGUGCUGAAGCAGAACCGCGAGUUCCUCGAUUAUUUCUGGGACAUCGCCAAACCGGAGCGCGAGACCCGCCUGAGGGCCGUGGAGAAGCUCAUAGAGCACGUGAAGAAGAGCGAGCAGUCUGAUGAGCUGAAAUACACACUGAAGAGACUGGUAGAUGGACUGUGUCACGCUCGAGAGGAGGCUCGCACCGGCUACAGCUUAGCACUAGCACAGGUGCUGAGUGUGUUUGAGGAGAUCACACUUAGAAGCAUGUUGGAUCAGAUCAGAGAGAAACACAACCUGCAGACGGCCAGCAAGAAGCAGAUCAAACACGUGGCCUUCGGGAAUUUCUUUGGAGUUCUCGCUUUGUCUCAGUCCACACGCCUGCACAAGGAAGCAGACGUGCUGUUGGAGUGUGUGAAGCUGCUGCAGUCUCUCUCUCAGUACAGAGAAUAUCUGAGAGAUUUACCCAGGAAGACCAUGGCAGACAUCCUCAACGAGGUGUCGGAGCAGAUGUUUGAGCAGGUGUUGUUCAGCGCUCUGCAGGAGGAUCUGAGUUCAGCUCUCAGUAGUCCGGAGCAGUUAGAGCUCCUCCUGCUGGUCAUGCGCAGAUUCUCAUCCACGCUUAGCUCCGCCCACCUGGACAAGCUGCUGGGGACCGCCUCCAUCAUCAACGCAUACACACUGCCCCGGUUAGUAGAGGUGGUGAAGACAGCAGCGCGCUCGGUGAAGAAGGAGUGUGUGUUGCCAGCUGUAGCAUCUGAUCUGCUGCACGUGUCUCUGCGUGAGGACAGCUUCACAUUCUUCUGGGACAAAGUGGUGAUUGAUGGACUGUUCUCAGACCCACCCGGCCCCAGCCAUUACCUGGCGUUCAGGUUGAUGGGCGUGUCCUUGCCGUUGUUGUCUGUGUCUCAGCUGCAGUAUGUUCUGAGUGGAGAGGUGAUGAUACGUUACGGUGAACAUGUCAUGACUGCACAGCUGCCCGAGCGCUUUAAGUUCUCCCCGGAGAUGGAUGAGUGUGUGAGUGUGUUCCUGCGCAGCUGCAGUGAUGUGGAGAAACAGCUGUUGGUCCUGCAGGCGUUCAGUCAGCUCGCGCACCGCGGCGCUCCCGUCGUCCCGUCCUUCUGGAAGGUUCUGGAACACGUGGAACCCAGCGCUCUCAAAACCUACACACGCUGGCUCAAAGAGUCGUUCUGUCAGCCCAAGAUCCCCGAGCUGCUCGAGUUCAGCACACGCAAACAGAGACGGAGCCAAGACCCCGCCCCCGACUCCGCCCCUCAGACUGAGGAGUGUGUGCUGCGUUUGCGGAAGUGGAUCAUCCCCCGUCUCGCCUGCAUCGUGGAGAACCAUCAGAUUAAAAAAGAUGAGGAGCUCGUUAUGGAGAUUGCCAGGUUUAUCUUCUUCCAUGCGUUCUUCGACACAGUGAAGUCCACAGCUGAAAUCCCGGAGACUCAGCGCAAACUCUCACCUCCUCUAGACCAGAACACACGCAACAUCGCCGGCUCCACCUUCUUCAGUGUGUUACACUCUCUGAGUGUGUUGCCGGUGCUCAGUGAGAGUGUGCAGAGUGAGGCGGUGAGCAGGAGGAGUGUGUUGGGUGUGAUGGCUGACGGCACCAUGUGGGUGUAUGGCCUCGUUCAGUUCGCCGACACGCUGCUCAAACACACCAAACACGUCCGGAGCGCACACACUCUCAGCACAGAGCACACGGAGGCUUGGGACAGCAUGCUGCAGUCGGUCGAGUCUCUCAGUAAGAAGAUGAAGAAAUCUGCAGCUCCUGAACACUCAGCAUUCCAGCACCUCUUCCUCAUCAUCGGCAUCCAGAUGUUCAAGGCUCCAGAUGACAGUGUGGAGUUGCUGAAUGAUCUGAGGAGCUGUAUGGAGCAAGCACAGGCCAAAAAAUCCAAGAAGAAGAAGCAGAAGAAGAGUGGUGCAGACGGCGAGCAGCCGGAGGGGGCGGAGCCUCACUGGGUGGAGGUGGUGGUGGACAUCCUGCUGUCUCUACUCGCUCAGCCCAGCCGUCUCAUCCGCAGUGUGUGUAAGACUGCGUUCAGCCGAGUGUGUCCUUAUCUCACACAGCCUGCACUCACCGCUAUACUGAAUGUUCUGGACCCGAGUAAGGACGAUGAGGAGAGCGGCGUGCUGGUGACGGACGACAAUGGAGAGAAAAAGAAAAAGAGAACACAGGAAGAGGAGGAGGAAGAGGGAGAUGAAGAACAGGAAGCAGAGGAUGAAGAGGAAUCUGACUCCUCAGACAAUGAUGAAAAUGAUGAAGAUGAUGAAGAUGAAGAGAUGGAGGAAGAGGAGGAGGAAGAGGAAGUGGAUCAGAAUUUCCGUCUGGAGCUGAUGAAGGUGUUGCAGGGACAGAACGCUCUGGCCACUGAGGAGGAUGGCAGCGAGGACGAGGAGCUGGACGACGAGGCCAUGAUGAAGUUGGAUAAAAACCUGGAGGCUCUGUUCGGAGAGCAGAAGAAGAAACUGCAGGCCAAAAAGGAUGAGAAGGAGCGACUGCGCAAGGAGAAAACCCUCGUCCGGGACUUCAAGAUUAAAGUGCUGGACCUGCUGGACGUGUUCCUGUGUAAGCAGGGCAGCAGUGUGUUGGUGUUGGGGUUGGUGGAGCCGCUGCUCAGUGUGAUCGAGAACUGCAUGAGCUCUGAGAGCGGACAACACGAGCAGGACUUCCUGCGCCGAGCCGCACACAUCUUCAGGAAUCAGCUGUGUCGUGGGAAGCAUUACUGCAGAGAGGUCGAGGGCCGGGAGGCGGAGCUUCAUGACAUGCUGGAGCGUCUGAUUGGUCGAGCACAGAAGCUGUCAGACUCAUCAGUGGCGCUGUAUUACUUCAGUGCUGCACUCUACUUGGUUAAAGUGUUGAGAGGUGUAAUGAAGGACACAGACUCCAAACACACAGCUGAGAAGAGGACGAUGGGUAAAGUGGAUGUGGAGAGAGUAACAUCAUGUUUCAAAGAUGCACUCAUGUCCUUUAUGACGCGACGGAAAAGUCCACUGACAGGAGACAUGUUUAUUGAACUGUUCAACAGAUUCCCUGUUCUGUGUGUGAAUCUGUUGGACACAGCGGUGGAGAACAUCACGGGCGGAGUCAGAGAACACCAACAGGGUCAGGCGUGUGUGAUGGCGCUCAGAGCUCUGCAGUGUAAGGAGGUGAAGCAGCUGAUGGCCGACGCUCAGUGGACUGAAGUCUGUCAGAAAACCACAGAGCAGCUGGCACAGACUCUGCAGAAGGUGGAGUUUAAGAACAAAGCGGUUCAUGAGAAGACGGUGAAAGCGCUGGAGCUCGCUCACUUCCUCAUCAAAUCUGUUCACCAUCAGAAGUUGGAGGUGAAGCUAGAAGGUCUCCGGAACGUUGUGAGGUCCAUGAACGCUGAUGGGAGUCUGCAGAAGUCGGGGAAGCUGGAGGACACGUACUGGAGCGUCAUGAAGCUGUUCGGGCUCCAGAAGCCAAAAGUGGAGAAGGUGAAGAAAGCGAAGGAGGAGGAACAGACAGAGCAGGAGGAGGAGCCGAAGAAAAAGAAGAAAGGAUUCCUUCCCGAGAGCAAGAAACGCAAAAACCGCAAGAAGCCUGUGAUCCUGGAGGGUAAAGACACUACAGACACGCCCACACCGGGAGGAGGAGGAGGAGGAGGAGAGGAGGGGAAGAAGAAGAGAAAGAAUAAUAAAAAGAAGAGGACUGAGUCAGAAACACAGAAUCAGCCACCUGCUAAAAAAAACAAAGCUCAGCAGAAUCAGAGUAAUGAGGAGAAGAAACAGAAGAAGAAGAAGCAGAAGAAGAAGAAGAAGAGUGGAGAGCAGAGCAGCGCUGAGUGAACUGAUAAAACAGGAGGAUUAAAGGUGUAAUCAGGAGUGUUCAGGUUUCACCUCCACACCACAGAGAUGAUCAUCAGCAGCAGUGACUUCAGCAAACCCUGAACUCCUGACGGACGUUAUUCACACGCUCAUGCUUAUUUUUGUAAAAGAAUAAUAAUAAGAAGAGUGUCAUUAAAGACUUUUUACUGUAAAGUCAGAAUGUUAUUAAACCUCUUUUACUGUACAGAUGAA